GGGGAGGGGAUGGCCCAAGAUAAUGCUGUCCCUAAAUUGAGCUUUCAGUAUUGGCUGGAUAAGGCUGUUGAGUGGGGUCAAACCACCACUUUGGAAUCCCAGCAAGAUGUCUGCCUUCACUUGCCUAAAUUACAGGAGUUUCUACAGCAGAUUUAUGAACCCUUGAAACAUAUGAAUUCCACUACUGCAAUUCAGAGGUUCCCUUUAAUUGGUCAAUUACUAGGAAGACUUUGUUGGAAUCCCUUUGUUGUAGGAUAUGAUGAGAGCCAGAAAACUCUAAUGUGGUGCUUAUGUUGUCUGUACAGCAAUGAACCACAGAACCCUGUGGAAUUGAAGGCUAACAGCUGGAUACUGAGUUUGCUGUGCCAUCUCCUUUCUUCUUCUUCUGAAUGGGGAGCUAACGAAGCUGGUACUGGUACCUUUAUUUCUGCUCUUGGCUACACGUCUGCAGAUUACUAUUCUAAACUGGUUAAAAAUAUAGUCUUAUCAUUAGUGACAGAACUCAAAGGAAAUCAGUUUAAUGGACUUAACGUUCAAGGGAGAGUUUCAGAUAAUCAUGUAAAUGUAGUGUCCCUUUUCUGCGUCCCUCUUAUCACUUUGCCUGAUGUAACUCCUCUACUGGAAGCACUCCUUACCUAUCAUGGAGGUGGAUCGCAAGAGGUUCUCAGCUCAGAGUUUUUAGAAGCUGUGAAUGAGACAUUUUUAAAGAAGAAGAUUGCCCUCUCUGAAUCAGCUAUCCUAAGCUUGUGGCUUCGUCAUCUGCCUAGCCUUGAAAAAGCAACACUGCAUCUUUUUGGAAGGUUGAUUUCCACUCAAACAAGUUCACUGGAAGAGGUAGCGUGUAUCAUAAGAGAGUCAUUACUGCCACAAGCAGCAUGCCACCCUCCCAUCUUCAGAAUUGUUGAUGAAAUUUUCAAGAAUGCACUACUGGAAACCGGUGGAACGCCAGAAGUAAUGACCAUAAUACAGGUGUUUACACAGUGUUUUGUUCAAGCUCACCAGAAGGAUAACAAGCAGCAUAAAUUUCCUCUGAAGGCCUACUUUCCUCAUCAUCAUCAGCAUCUUGUAAUAGCCUUACUCAAACAUCCUUUUGAUUUGCCAGCUACGCUCUGGUCUCAACACCUGAAAUACAUUACUGACAUGCUUAAAGCAAUAAUAGAAGAUAAAAGCAUUAGAUCUUACACUGACCUCUUUGAGAGCUGGUUUUUGUUUGUUCAUUUUGGAGAAUGGGCUGAUAUCGCUGUAGAGCAGUUGCUGAAGUCUGAAGAUGAAUCCGCAGAUACUUUUCUGUGGCUGCUGGCAUUUUACUACAAUCCACACAAUGAUAAAGAGCAGAGGACUCAAAUUCUGGUAGAAGCUCGAGCAGUGUAUGAUCGUCUGAUGAUGCUCUUCAGCUGUACAACCCUCUCCAUCACAGAUCUGCAGGCUGCAGCUAGCACUAAAACAGAUAAAAGGCAACCUUGCACCAAACACCUUGUCAGGCAUCUUCUGAUUAGUUUUUUGCUCUUUUCUUCUGGUGGACACAAGAUUGCCCAAGAGUUUAUUUCGCAUGUGAUACUGGCAAGCAAUACAACCAAUGAAGUUUUUGGCCUUCUUAUACGUACUGCCUACAGGUUUAACCAACUUGGAUUAAAAAACCAAAGGGCUGUGAAGCUGGUGAAUGAACUUCUUCAAGAACUAAGGUUUAUGGAUUAG